CUUCGCAACACGCAUGCGCGAAUACGAUGCAUCCUUUAAACAAAGUUACAUUUCGUUCAAACAGACGUGUUAAUACGUCAUAACGUCAAACAUCGAAAACAUGUCGGACUUUUCAGUUUUUGCGUCCAGGACAUGGAUCUCUCGUGUGGACGUAGAUUUUCUCAGAGCCAUCUAUUGACUCUUGACUCUCCGGACAAAAUAGAGUAAAUUUGGUAUAUUCUUAAAGACGGAAGUGAGCACUCCUGUUUUUCGACCAAGGCUGUGAACGCUGCGCAUGCAUGUCAGUUUUUGAAUGUUUAUUUACGUGUGUUAUAUAUGCUUAUGAGUUGUUCCCAAAGAUACAGAGCCUCAAUUUGCCUCUUAGUCUAUCCCACUGCGGUAUGGCAGCGGCAGCAGAAGCGCCAGAGGACCGGAGCAGCUGCGCACAGGGCGCGCUAACAGGUGACGGGGAACCUGAGGAGGCCGAGGACUUUACCUGCUCUGCCUACUGCUCAGAGCUCUCCCGGCGGCAGAACGAGCAGAGGAAGUCGGGGCUGUUUUGCGACGUGACCCUAGUCUUCAGCUCCGGUGUGGUGUCUGAGGAGGAGAGGGUCCAGACCUUAUCCGCCCACCGCUCAGUGUUAUCCGCGGCGUCGCAGUACUUCACGCUGCUGCUGGGCGGACAGUUUUCGGAGUCUCUGUCAGGGCGAGUGGAGCUCAAAGAAUGGAGCUCGGCAACCGGACCCGACCCAGAAACAGUAGAGAGUGUCAUACAGUUCAUGUACACAGGACAAAUCAGGGUAACCACUGCCAAUGUGCAUGAAGUGUUGGAACUGGCUGACAGGUUCCUGUUGCCGCAGCUGAAGAACUUCUGUGGAGAGUUCCUGAUGAAGAAGUUGAACUUAUCCAACUGUGUAGCAGUGCACAGCCUCGCCCACAUGUACACCUUGGACCAGCUGGCCCUGGGAGCCGCCAAGACAAUUAGAAGAAACUUCCACAAAAUAAUCAGCAACGAGGAAUUCUUCACAUUGCCAUUUCACCUGGUGCGGGACUGGCUGUCAGACUCGGGAAUCACUGUGGAUUCUGAACAGGAGUUGUUUGAGGCCAUAGUAAAAUGGGUGCGCCAAAACGCAGACGAGAGAGAGAAGCAAUUUGAGGAGCUGUUCAGUCUUUUACGGCUGCCUCAGAUUUCUCCUACCUACCUGACACGGGUGGUGAGGAAGGAGCCCUUAGUGGCAAACAAUGCAGCCUGUCAACAACUGGUGUCUGACGCCCUCGAGGUCCACGCUGUUCACUUUGAGAACCUCAAGUCAGCUGAUUUAGAGCUCUGUGCCUCCUACAUGGCCUCAAUCCAGCCUCGUCUAGGCCAGAACAUGGACGUAAUCAUGGUAGUGGGUGGUGUUUCAGAAGGUGGAGACUAUCUGAGUGAGUGUGUGGGCUACUUUGUUGCUGAGGACCGUUGGGUAAACCUGCCACACAUUCACAACCACCUCGACGGACAUGCUAUUGCAGUCACUGACAGCCAUGUUUAUGUGGCAGGCUCCAUGGAGCCGGGCUUCGCCAAGACGGUGGAGCGCUUCAACCCCAACCUCAACACCUGGGAGCAGGUCAGCAGCCUGACCACCCGCAAGCACUCCUUCGGCCUCACGUGUGUCAAAGACUUGCUCUACAGCAUCGGUGGUCAUGGCAACUUCAGUCCAGGCUUUAAGGAUGUUACUGUCUACGAGCCUGAGCAGGACGAGUGGCACAAUCUCGAGCCAGCACCCAAGAUACUGCGAGAUGUAAAAACGGUGAGCGUAGAGGACCGCUACAUCUACGUGAUGGCCAGGACUCCUGUAGACAUGGAUAAUGAGGACGGACUGAGCACUGUGACCACCCGCUACGAUGCAGAGACUCACAAGUGGCAGGAAGUGGACUCCUUACCGCUUAUUGAUAAUUACUGUAGUUUUCAAAUGGCUGUUGCAUCCACUAACUUCUACCACACAGCUUCUUGUUGCGCAAAGAGCUACAAGGUAACACUUGAGACUGCUCAGCAGAAAAUAAGCAAAAAUAUCUCUGACGACAUCCUCGACAGCCUGCCUCCAGAGGUCAUUAGCAUGGAGGGUGCGGCUGUUUGCUACCUGGAUGAAGACAUAUUCAUCAUUGGCGGCUGGAGGAACUGCAGCAACAUGGACAAGCAGUACCGCAAGGAGGCCUACCGUUACUGUGCUGAGAGGAAGCGCUGGAUGCUGCUGCCCCCCUUACCUCAGCCACGCUGCAGAGCCGCAGCCUGUCACAUGCGCAUCCCGUACCAUUAUCUGCACGGCUGCCAGCACUACCCCAUGCCCCAGAACCUGGCUCGCCAGCGAGACCGCAUGCAGCAGAUGCAGCAGCUCCAUCGACGCACCCUCACUCUGCGCAGACAGCUGCAGUCUCAAAUCGAAUGUUGAGAGCUUCUUCUAGCAAGCACUUAAUCUGCUGAUAAAUGCCUUGUUGCGACAACACAACUUUAACCUUAUUUAUUUUUCUUUUAUUGAGGUGAAAUAUUUGCAUGGACUUACCUGGGGCUGGUUUAGAUUAGCUUUUUUUAAAUGUAAGAAUUAGCCAGACAUGCUACUAAAUUAUCAGUCUUAAAUUAUAAUUAGUAUGCCUUAGUUUUAUUCUGCUAGCCAAUUAAACUUUAAUUGCUGUGACAUUCUCUAAAAAGAUUGUUGAUUUUCAUUGCUAAACAACUGUAGCUUUAUAUGUGUUCUGUGUUAACACCUCACAAUGUCAACGUAUGUUCAAGACAGUUGACAUUCACACUUUUAGGUGAAAUUUCAGUGUUGUGUGGAGAUGUAAACUUAGCAAAGUAAAUGAUGUCUGUUUAUUGUGAUGUAAGUUCGUAGAUGAUUAUACAUUAGAAGUGUGGGGAUAAUUACCUUACUGUAACAACCAGCUGAGCUUUAACUUGUUACUAAUUUGUCUUCUACCUCCAGUUUCCAUCAUGCUUUUUUUGCACUGUAGGGUUUAAAAUAUCUAAAUGUAGAUUUUAGAUUGUACAUGUAUGCCCUACUUGAACAGACAAUCAUGUUUCAGAAUAUUUGUAGCACAACCUAAGUAUUGAGCAAAGCACAUGUUGGGGAGCAGGAUGUUCAGUGAUGAUAUGUUCUCCCCUCAUUAAAACAUAAGCUUGCUUAAUACAGUGUUGCACUAAAGUAUGUGCAUUGCUCUUUAGAUAUUGUACAACACUUUUUAUUUGUUUAAAGGUGUAUGAUUUAUUUCUUAAGUAUUUCACCUGGUCAAAUAUUGUUUUAUUUUAUUUCCUAGGUUGUUGCAUAGCUUGAAAGAUAGAACGGCAUAAUAAUGAUGAGAAGGAGGUCUAUUUUUAUUUAAAUUAAAAAUGUGUUGUCCCAUUCCAUGUGGUUAGGACACUGACUAAUGGCUGAAGUGAUUAAAGACAGUGGCUUUGUUGAUUGUUGUGUUUGUUCUGCCUUUGUGCUUCUGGCAGAAUUAGUACUGCCUCUUACUUUGUCUCACUGCACUUUGAAAUGUGUGAAACACAUUCGACCACAAGGCUGUUAUGUAUGUGUGCAUGGUUCUCUCCAUGUUCCCAAAUGUGCCAUAAAAUCCCAGCUGUCCCUUUUUAUUAAUACAGUUGAAUUAACUGUAUUAUCUGCACUAAAAGACCUUGAUUGUUGACUUAAACAUUGUACAGUGUUGCUUUUUUUGACUUCCAUCCUCUGACUCAAAACACAAUGUUGUGUGGACCAGUUGCUCAGCGCAGUGUACAGGCGCUGUUGAAAUAGCCUGUGGUAUCCCCAGCCAAGCUCUCUAUAAAUAUUAUCUAAUAAGGCUUUGUAAGGUUACCAGUUUUCCGCUAACAUAAUGUACACUGUACAUUAUGUGAACAUUAUUAAUUGAUGAAUGGAAAUAAAUUGAGUUGUAUGUGGAGGUUUUGAAUUUUCAAAAAGAAAAGAUCAUGUGAAGUGCAACCACAUGAACAUAGGCAGAUUUCAGUCGAUGACAGUAGUUUACCAAGGUUUCAAUUUCAGAAUUCUUCCAGGUUUGCAUCAUUUUGUUAAGUUUGAUUUUGAUGAAAGUAUGAUUUUUCAGUGCCAUAUAUUCAGAUUUCAUGCAGCCAUGUGUAGGCCUGCUGUGUUACAUAUAGUGUCAUUCCAUUUGUAUGUGCAAGAGCAAGAAAGUGUACAGACAUUUGCAAUAAAUUAUGAAACCAG